UUUUAGCCUUGCAUUUUCAGGGUUUUAGCUAUGUUUUUUCCCCGUUAUCUUUUGGCUUUGGUCAAGUGAAGUCGAUAGAAACAGUCCUGUUUACAGCGUACUUAUUUCCCUGUGCUUUUAAUUCUUUAAAGAAAUAAUGUUCGUGUUUUGAUAAUUGUACUGUCAGUGGUAGACACGAAGGGAUGGCGGAAAAGACGCAGAGUUUAAAGGCUGCGUCUUGCAAGAAGUGUCAAGCUUUCUUGGAGGAACGUCAUUUUUGCUUGCUGAAGAGACCAUGACUAUCUCUCUGCUGUUAACAUCUAAAUACAAAACCAUCCUUGAAUCUUUUUUUUUCUUUUCUAAUUGAUUUUGCAUAUAAUACUAUUUUUGUUGUAUUGUACCGUGGUUUUGCUGGUGAAUGAAUAAUGUGUAAAUAUAUGCAACACGUUGUUUACUGCCAAGACUGUGCAGUGCAUCAUUUAAUCUUUUCCAACUGAUGAAGCUUGUCCAACAUCCAUGCUCCGUGGCUCCUGUGUUGCCUUCUCUCAUCACGGUACGGUUUCUCCAUCCCAAAAAAGGAGGCUGCUGAUGCGGAUUGAUUCUAUAGCAAGUGUAUACAUCAACUAAAGACAUGAGAAGAUUUGUCUACUGCAAAGUGGUCCUGGCCACAUCUUUGGUUUGGGUGCUUGUAGAUGUUUUUUUACUCCUGUACUUCAGUGAGUGUAACAAGUGUGAUGACAAGAACGACAGAUCACUGCUGCCUGCUUUGAGAGCUGUCAUGUCAAGAACACACAAGGGUCCUGGAGAGAUGGGAAAAGCUGUCAUUAUAUCAAAAGAUGACCAGGAAAAAAUGAAGGAGCUGUUUAAAAUCAACCAGUUCAACCUCAUGGCCAGUGAUAUGAUUGCCCUGAACAGAAGUUUGCCAGACGUGAGACUGGAAGGGUGUAAAACAAAAGUUUACCCUGAUGCCCUCCCAAAUACAAGCAUUGUUAUAGUCUUUCACAACGAAGCAUGGAGUACUCUACUACGAACAGUCCACAGUGUGAUAAAUAGGUCCCCAAGACAUUUACUUCUAGAGAUACUGCUAGUGGAUGAUGCAAGUGAAAGAGAUUUCCUAAUGACAAAAUUAGAGAAAUAUGUUCGCAAUUUGGAAGUUCCAGUGAGAAUCCUCAGGAUGGAACAAAGGUCUGGACUGAUUCGCGCUAGGCUUCAAGGGGCAGCUGCUACUAAGGGCGAAGUCAUAACUUUCCUAGAUGCACACUGUGAAUGCACUAGUGGGUGGCUAGAACCACUAAUGGCAAGAAUUAAAGAAGACAGAAGGAUAGUUGUUUGCCCUAUUAUUGAUGUAAUCAGCGAUGACACAUUUGAAUACAUGGCUGGAUCUGACAUGACUUACGGUGGCUUCAACUGGAAGCUGAAUUUUCGCUGGUAUCCUGUUCCACAGCGAGAGAUGGACAGAAGAAAAGGAGAUCGAACAUUACCUGUCAGGACCCCUACAAUGGCUGGUGGUUUAUUCUCAAUUCACAGAAAUUACUUUGAAGAAAUUGGAACUUAUGAUCCAGGAAUGGACAUCUGGGGUGGAGAAAACUUAGAAAUGUCUUUUAGGAUCUGGCAGUGUGGAGGGUCAUUGGAAAUUGUUACAUGUUCCCACGUUGGUCAUGUCUUUCGCAAAGCCACUCCUUACAGUUUUCCUGGAGGAACAGGUCAUGUUAUCAACAAGAACAACAGAAGACUAGCUGAAGUCUGGAUGGAUGAAUUUAAAGAUUUCUUCUAUAUCAUAUCACCAGGUGUAGUCAAGGUUGAUUAUGGAGAUGUGUCACAGCGGAAAGCCCUAAGAGAAAGACUCCAGUGUAAACCUUUUUCAUGGUAUCUGGAAAACAUUUAUCCUGACUCUCAGAUCCCAAGAAGAUAUUUCUCACUUGGUGAAAUCAGAAAUGUUGAAACCAACCAGUGCUUGGACAACAUGGGAAGAAAAGAAAAUGAAAAAGUAGGAAUAUUUAACUGCCACGGAAUGGGCGGAAAUCAGGUAUUUUCCUAUACAGCUGACCAGGAAAUCAGAACAGAUGAUCUCUGUCUGGAUGUUUCAAGGCUUAAUGGUCCUAUACUCAUGCUGAAAUGCCAUCACAUGAGAGGAAAUCAGCUGUUUGAGUAUGAUGCACAGUGGCUGACGCUUCGACAUGUCAACAGUAACCAGUGUCUGGAUAAGCCGUCCGAGGAGGACAAAAUGGCGCCCACCUUGAGGGACUGCCAUGGCAGCCGAUCUCAAGAGUGGCUGCUGCGGAACAUGACCUUGAGUGCCUAAAGCCUGAAAAGACUUCUUUCAUUCUGACAGUAUCUACAGGGUUCCAUACUACUACAAUGUGUGUGGAUUUUCUUUUUUCUGAUGAAGCGCUGUCAACCAUUUUGACCUUCUUGGAAUCAAAGAAAGCAUUUUAGCGAUAUAGAGUAGCAGCUGUAAUCAAAUUAUUAUUAUUUUAUUUGUUUUAUUUUUUUCCAUAAAACAUGCUCAAAACAUGUUCAUGCUGGCUCCAAGUCUGCAUCUGCUGACAGGAAAGAAAAACACAAUAGGUGUAGAAAUAAUGUGGUAUUGCAACAAAAAGGUGUUCUCUUACUUUAUUUUCCAGUUGCUUAGGUAAUGACAUUCAUUUCAGCUUGGCAGGAACACAAUACAAAAUGUAAUGCCUUAAAUAAAGUAACUUAAUAAUACAAAUAAUUAACGCAAGAAAUAGUUUUGACACUGAAAGAGAAUGUUCUUGCAAAACGAAUAUAUUUAAAGGGUACAGUAUAACACUGUAUAUAGUUUAUGAUUAAUUGAUCUAAAAACCUAUUUAACUAAUUUACUGUUAUUUAUGACAAGUAUCUUGUGGUAACAAGUAAUUAAUAAUAAUAUAAUAGAAGCCUGUGUAUAUCUUGCAUACUGUAUGUUUUUAGAAAAUGUGGACCAAAAUAAUGGAGAAAUUGUUCAUUUGGAAAUUAAUCACUGUGUUUGAUUUAAUCAAGUGACAUUCAGUUAAACUUUGUAGAAGUGCAGUAUAUAUCUGUUUUAAAUUAAGGGCUUAUCAGAUGUUACUUUUUUGCCGUUUUUCUUAACGCAGUAGUGUGUAAAAGGCAGUUUGAUUGAUUACACCUAGAACAAGAAAAUACAUUAAGCCAGGUAUUCGGUUGCUCUGUAUUUCUGAUUGAAUCCCCAGAGUACUCUCUACAAUUACAUUUUGUGAAGCUUUGUUAUCUUCUGUAUCAUUUUAAUGUUUAAUGGUAUGCAUAUCACUGGUUUUAUC